AUGUCUCGCGAACAGCAAUACUGGCUUCCCGGCUUCGGGCUUUCUCGUCAUAUUGUCCUGGGGCACAUUCAGUAUUUCCUCGGACCAAAUGCCUCGGCUCGGCCGUUUACAUACCAGGGACGUGAGGGAUAUUUAAUCAACGGAAUGCCCUUGACACGGGAGCAAAUAAACGAUCUUGCUGUGAUGUCUCGGGAAUACGAGCGCCAGGAAGCCGCAAGAAUGAUCACGUCCGCCGGCGUCGAAGGCGCCUCUGGAGAACCCUCGGAGCCUUAUAUCAACGAGCUUAUUCCUGUGAACCAACGUCCUCGAAGACGUGCUCAUCCAUACGAUAAUCGUCGAACCCGCUGA